AUGUUCUCCCGCAACCGCUGCAAUGGUCAGGAUGGCACGGGUGUCCCUCAGUAUCCCCGACCCAAAAAGAAAACUGCAGUGCCAAAGAGAAGACAGCCAAAUCCCAAAGUUGCUCUGGUGUUGCGUGGGAAAAUUCAUCGUUUCUUGCAGGGAUCUGCAGAUCAUACUGUCCAGCCUUCUGGUCUUUACUAUGCUGGAAUUGAAGAAGAGGAUGAAGAGGGGGAAGAGGAUGUUGAAAAAUUGCAGAAUUACGACAGGAGAGGAUUAGCUUCAGCAGAGGUCUGCUGCUCACCUCAGGUGCCAAAUGGACAUGGGCUGGGAGCAGUUUCUGGGGCACCUUGCGUUGGGGAAGUGGAACUAAAUCGAGAAGGAGGCAUCAGGAUUCCUUGCACUUUGCAGCAUAAUAGUAAUUCAACAGUAGUUCAAAACCAAAUGACCCAAGAUCUAAAUGGGACUAGGUUUUCAUCUGGAAGAGGACUUGAUGGUGAGCCUAAAAGACAGACGGAGACUUUGCUGUGCAGGUUAAAUAUGGCGAUGCUGGAUGAAGUCGUGGAGGGGAAUAAUGAGGACUAUCAAGAGGAAGAAUCAAGUGCUAUCGUUGAGCACAUUCUGAAGGAAUUGCGAGGGAUCAACAAAAUUCAAGAGGAGAUUUCAGACUUGAGGGAGUACCUGUCAUCUGUUCGUGGUUCUGUCGAGGAGGUCUCUAGCUGUGUGGAUGCCGUCUUAAUGGAGAUUGAAUGCAUGCGGUCUGGAAACAAAUCUGGUGUAGAGACUUGGCCAGGAACAAUGGGUGGCACUGAGAGUCACUCCCACCACACACACAAAUCAAAUAACACUGUUAGUAUAGGCUGCUACAAGCCUUACGCUGUUGAAUCCUCAAGUAGCUGUGGUGAUAUACUCUCAGAAUAUCAAGUUGUUUAUGGGAAGCACAAAGAGGCACCAAGGCAGUCUGCUUUCACUAGUGUUGAGACUUCAAACCACAAUGAACACCAUCCUUUUACAAAAGAAGCAUCUAAUCAAAGGUCUGAUGGAUCUCAAGGUGCAGGGAGUAGGAAGCUUAGCUUUGGUGGUCUUGAGCGCCAGGAUGGACAGGACUGUCCAAGCACCAGUUCCCUAUCUCCGGGUCAGAGUUCCAAGUCUGAAUCUGAUCCAGAAAGACCCACCUCUGGACAUGGCAAAGCAGGGAGUGAAAGUCAGACCUGGAACCCAGUGGCUUUAAAACACAGCGGGAGUGGAGAGAUCGGUUGGAGCGAAGAUGAUUCUUGCUCCAGACAAGCCAGUUUUGAAGAGGCAGAGUGCUGCACAGGUGAAGUGAACAGCUGGGACCCAUCAAGAGCCGUAAGUACUUGUAUGAUGGGCACCUCAGAUCAAAUAUCCGUAGUAUCUGGUAAACACUACAACUCUCCUGUUAGUACAAGCAAUAGAGAAGAUUGGAAGCUGUAUGAUGCAGAAAUGCUCCCUGAAGAACCUGGUUUGGGCUGCCAUAAUUGCAAUGCAGAUGGUAAAUGUCCUCAGAGCUCUGUUUAUCAGAAUGACAUUUAUCACAUGUUGUCUUCUUCUGAAAAUUGCGUAGUUCCAUUUAAAAGUCAGUCAAUAGAAAGUGUGAUUAUUGAGCCAUCCAGGAACCUUCUAUGUGAAGGUACAUCACUCUGUAAUCAAAAUGUCCCUGAUUGGAAGCCAGACUCUGCUGAUGACAGUAAUGUGGCGUUUAAUGUAAAAAAGUUUGGUAGAGCAGUUCUUGACUUCAGAACUGCCUUGCGGGGAGCUCUGAAGAAGAUGGAUGGAACUAGUGAUACUUUGCCUGGUGAAAGGGUUGAAGUCCAUACGCCGAUUUUCCCGUGUGAGGAACAACAAGGAAUGGUAAAUGUUGUAAAUACUGAGACACCAAAAUUAGAGAUGCCUCACAUGGAGACUACACAAAUAGAAAUAAAUUAUUCUGAGCGGCCUCAAGCCAUCAGUACUGAGAAAGGUUUCGUAGAAAUACCUCAAUGCAUCUCCACCAAAGCAAAUCCUGGAUCACCUCCCCACCAGCAUAAUAUUGAAGAUUCAGAACAUCCAAAAUCUCCAGGGUUGGACUCAUCCACAAGUAAUGCAUCAGAUGCUACAUCUGGACAUCCAACCGAUGCUCAUUUACCACAGUGUUUCUCUACAGACAUUAUCCCAGACUCUUUUUCCCCCGAGGAACUAGCAGUUGAAGAGGAGCGGAGAACACUAGUAGGGGAAACGCAGUCUCCUACUGAGUCCUCUACAGACGGAGGUAGUGAAGCAGAGCUUAGUCAGCGGGAAGCACGUCGUCUGAAGUGCCUCAGGGGUUUCCAGCAGAUUCUAAGGGAGAAGAGAGAGUCCAGAAGACAACUCAGUAUAGUGACCAUGUCAACAUUUUCUGAAGAUGAUUUGAACCCAGAUGGAAGCCAGCAUGAAGAUCAGAAUAUCAAUGGAGACCAUAACAAACAUCCAUGGGCCAAACCUGGGGGAGGAGGAAUAUUUGGCAUUGAUAGCAUGCCUGACCUUAGGAAAAAGAAGCCUAUCCCCUUGGUUAGCGAAGUGGCCAUGUCUCUUGUGCAGUCCAGGAAAGCAGGGAUCUCGCAUGCAUUAGCUGCACGCUCUUCACUAAAGGAUGAAGAACUGAAGAAUCACGUGUACAAGAAGACACUCCAGGCUCUGAUUUACCCUAUUUCUUGCACAACACCCCAUAACUUUGAAGUGUGGACGGCCACUACGCCCACCUACUGCUAUGAGUGUGAGGGUUUGUUGUGGGGUAUUGCGCGGCAGGGCAUGCGCUGUUCAGAGUGUGGUGUCAAAUGCCACGAAAAAUGCCAGGAGCUUCUCAAUGCAGACUGUUUACAGAGAGCUGCUGAGAAGAGCUCCAAAACAGGAGCAGAGGACAGAACCCAGCAUAUCAUAUCGGCCAUGAAGGACCGCAUGAAGAUCCGAGAGAGGAACAGGCCUGAAAUCUUUGAGAUGAUAAGGCUUGUGUUCAGUGUGACUAAACUGAACCAUGCUCAGCAGAUGAAGGCCAUCAAGCAGACUGUUCUUGAUGGAACAUCAAAAUGGUCUGCCAAAAUCUCCAUCACAGUGGUGAGUGCUCAGGGCCUGCAGGCUAAAGACAGAACUGGUUCCAGUGAUCCAUAUGUGACCGUUCAGGUUGGCAAGACUAAGAAGAGAACCAAAACUAUCUACGGUAACCUUAACCCUGUGUGGGAGGAGACGUUCAACUUUGAGUGCCACAAUUCAUCUGACCGCAUUAAACUGCGUGUAUGGGAUGAAGAUGACGAUAUAAAGUCUCGUGUGAAGCAGCGUCUGAAGAGGGAAUCUGAUGACUUUUUGGGUCAGAGCAUUAUCGAGGUCCGAACCCUCAGCGGAGAAAUGGAUGUCUGGUACAACCUUGAAAAACGCACAGACAAGUCAGCGGUAUCAGGGGCCAUCAGACUGCAGAUAAGUGUGGAAAUUAAAGGGGAAGAGAAAGUGGCCCCUUAUCAUGUUCAGUACACUUGUUUGCACGAGAAUUGUUUUCACUUUGUGACAGACAUUGAAGGACAAGGUGUGGUGAAGUUGCCCACAGCACGAGGAGAUGAUGCCUGGAAGGUCUACUUUGAUGAGGUUGCUCAGGGUAUUGUAGACGAGUUUGCCAUGCGCUACGGAAUAGAAUCCAUCUAUCAGGCCAUGACGCAUUUUGCAUGUCUGUCCUAUAAAUACAUGCUGCCUGGUGUCCCUGCGGUAAUGAGCACACUCCUGGCCAACAUCAACGCAUUCUACGCUCAUCCCACCUCAGUCACCAAUGUCUCCGCCUGUGACCGCUUCACUGCCUCCAACUUUGGGAAAGAUCGGUUUGUUAGACUGCUGGAUCAGCUCCAUAACUCUCUCCGUAUUGACCUGUCAACAUACAGAAAUAAUUUCCCAGCCAGCAGUAAACCACGUCUAGCAGAUCUCAAAUCCACAGUGGAUUUGCUGACUAGCAUUACAUUCUUCAGACUGAAGGUUCUGGAACUGCAGUCUCCCCCUCGUGCCGCCCAUGUGGUCAGGGACUGUGUGAAAGCAUGCCUCAACUCCACAUAUGAAUACAUCUUUAACAACUGCCAAGAGCUGUACAACAGACAGUUCCAGCCGGCCGUGGAGCCUAAACCACAAGAAAAGAAAGAGGGAGAAGAGGGUGAAGAAGAGGAAGACAAAAAGGAUGAGAAAGAGGAGGAACAUGCUGCUGUAGAGGAACCAGGACCAAGCAUACAGAAUUUGGACUUCUGGCCCAAACUCAUCACCUUAAUAGUUUCCAUCAUAGAGGAGGACAGGAACUCCUACAGCUCAAUCAUCAAUCAGUUUCCUCAGGAGCUGAAUGUGGGGAAGGUCAGUGCCGAGGUCAUGUGGACACUCUUUGCUCAGGACAUAAAGUAUGCACUGGAAGUUCUUAAUCAUAUCGUCUACAAACAUUGGAAGAAUGCACCUGCCACAUUCCAUAUUCGCAGACUUGAUUUUUAUGCUGAGCAUGAGAAGCUGAGGUUUUGUAAAAGUGCGGACUACAUGAAUCUGCAUUUCAAAGUCAAAUGGCUCUACAACGAAUACGUCUGUGACCUGCCCGCCUUCUCCGACACCGUCCCAGAGUACCCAUCGUGGUUUCUGCCAUUUGUUCUCCAGUGGCUGGGUGAGAAUGAAGAAGUGUCGAUGGAGUUUAUGCAUGGAGCCCUUGAGAGGGAUAAAAGAGAGGGGUUCCAGCAAACAUCUGAGCAUGCCCUGUUUUCCUGUUCAGUCGUGGACAUCUUCACUCAGCUCAACCAAAGCUUUGAGAUCAUCAAGAAAUUAGACUUUCCUGAUCCUGCAGUGGCUGCCCAGUACAACCGACGAUUUGCCAAGACUAUCACCAAAGUGCUCCUGCAGUAUUGUGCUAUUCUAACCAAGGGUUUCUCCUCGUACUGCGAGAAAGAAAAGACACCCUGUGUGUUGAUGAACAACGUUCAACAGAUGCGUGUGUUGUUGGAGAAGAUGUUUGAAUCUAUGGGGGCCAAACAGUAUAUUGUUGAGGAAGAGCUGCUGGAGAAUGAGGAGGAGCCUGAGGACGAUGAGGAGGAGGCCAUCACUGAUGAUGAAGGCAAUGAGUCGGAUGAAUCAGAUGCUAAGUCUGGAAUUUCGGAUUCAGAAGGAUCAGAGCUUGACAGGCAGAAGUCUGUUGCUAAGAAAGAAAAGGGGGAAAAGAAGGACAAAGAGAAGGAGGAUGAGAACAUGAACACAGAGGUGGGUGAUGGAGCUGAGGGAGCUCAACUUCUUACUGCUGCUAAGGAACUGUCUAAACUAAAGGGAGGGGUGGAGCCAAAAAGCUUGUCACCAAGGCAAUGUGUGAUCGUGGAGACAGCACUGGAUUCAAUCAAGCUCUUCUUCCAUGCUGGUGGGAACGGUUUAAAAAAAGCGUACCUGGAGAAGAGCCCUGAGCUAUCAUCGCUGCGUUAUGCUCUCUCCCUAUACACACAGACCACAGAUGCUCUUAUCAAGGCGUUUGUGACAACACAACAUGCUCAGGUUCAAAAUGGUAUGGGCAUCAGGAUCACCCCCAAGGAGAACGUUCGACCUGACAGAGGCUCUGGGGUUGAGCGGCUGAUUGGGGAGGCAGUGAUUCAGCUGGAUUUGUCGCCCCCAGCUGGAAACACUGAGCAGAAACUCUGUGUCAGAGUGAUUGCGGUAAAUGACAUGAAAUGGCAGACCUCCGGGAUGUUUCGUCCAUUUGUGGAGGUUAACCUGGUCGGCCCACAGCUCACAGAGAAGAAACGAAAAUUCACAACCAAAUCGAAAAACAACAGCUGGACUGCAAAGUACAACGAGGCCUUUCAAUUUGUGUUGGGUAAAGGCGUGAGUCUGGACUGCUAUGAGAUUCAAAUAACGGUAAAGGAUUAUUGUUUCGGUCGUGCGGAUCGGGUGGUCGGGAUCGCAGUACUGCAGCUGCGUGACAUAGCAGACCGGAAAAGCUGCGUGUGCUGGUGCCCCUUGGGCCCGCGUAUCAACAUUGAUGAAACCGGGACCACUGCACUACGAAUCCUCUCUCAACGCUCAACUGAUGAGGUUGCCAAAGAGUUUGUCAAACUAAAAUCUGAGACCAGGCAUGCUGAAGAAGGGAGGUGAAGAUGAAACUCAAGGUUGACCUUAUCAUUAGGAUUAAAGUGGACUGAUUUAAACAGAAGAAACUUAGAAUACGAGACAAA